AUGCCCUUCGGUUUCCACUCGCACACAUCUUCCUCCUCGUCGCAACAUGCGCAGCAGGUUCCUGGAGCUGCUACUGCUUCUGGUAUCCUGCAAGCAGCUCACAAUCUAGGUUCUAUCGGGGCCCCCGCUGGCAGCCUCAACAACAUCGGGUCUGCGAGAACGGUAGCUGGCACAGACAGGCUCUACCCUUCCGGUGCAACGUCGUUGAACUCGAACCUGGGAGGACAGCAGUCUGCGCUGCCAUCUGCUUAUGCUCCACAGCACGCCAAUACAUCGAUUGCAGCGCACCCUUCCAGCGGAGAAAUGAGCCAGUCACAGCAGUUCGAGAACCAAAGACGCAGUCGACACCCAGAUGAGCUCCAUCUGAGCGGCGCAACGAACAUGGCUUCCCAGCGCGGAGCUCUGUCUCCUAGAGACUAUACAACAGCCGCAGGUCCUCGUAUCAGCCUUGAGCAAGCCGCACCCGAAGCAUCUCAAUAUACAAGCGCGGGGCAGCUCCCAGGCUCUUUGCAACCUGGCAGACCAGGCCCGAUUACAGCCAACACCGCGCCCAAUGCGCCAACCAUGGCGCCAGAACAGUAUUCCUCUCCUUCAAGAUCCUCAGCUUUAGGUCUCUCGCACAGCUAUACACGCUCGAGUCCAGCCGCUGGCUUCGAUGGCCAAGGGUUCACGCCCUUCACACCAACAACACCAGGAGGAACUGACCAGGGUCACUUUACAUCUCCCACGACACAGAAAUAUGCCCCCCAGAGUACCCAACGGGCAGUCUCGAACACGCCGCUUGGCCUCGCAGAUAUCCGACCCCGCGCUGACUCUGGUCUCUCUGAUGGAUUGCCUGGGGCAAAUCCAUAUUCAUAUGACGGCGCCAACUCAGUCCCCACCAACAGCAAUUAUCUUGCACCAUGGGCCAUAUAUGCUUUUGACUGGUGUAAAUGGCCGGCCCAGAAUCACGAUGCGGGGAAAGUGGCUGUUGGGAGCUAUCUGGAAGAUGGACAUAAUUUUAUUCAAAUUCUAGAUUCACAAAUUACCCCGACACCGCCUGAAUCGUAUACCCCAGGAGCUCCAAAAUAUGGAUUGGAGUUUAUCAAAAUCGCGGAAGCUACCCACUCGUAUCCAGUCACACGCCUCUUGUGGGAACCGCCAUCGUCUCAGAAGCAAUCAACCGAUCUUCUUGCUACCUCUGGAGACCAUCUCAGACUCUGGUCUCUACCCUCAGAAACACCAAUGGCGUCUCCAGGAAAUUCUAUUACCCGCUCCGCGAAUCAUGGAAGAGAUCUCCCGGCGAGCAAGCUUACACCACUAGCGCUCCUUUCAAAUUCGAAGACCCCCGAACACACAGCUCCUUUGACUUCGCUGGACUGGAAUACCGUCUCGCCUAGUCUCAUCAUCACAUCAAGCAUUGACACUACCUGUACAAUAUGGGACAUACCAACGUUGACGGCAAAAACACAAUUAAUUGCUCACGAUAAGGAGGUCUUCGAUGUGAGGUUCUGUGCAAAUAGUGUUGAUGUCUUCGUCAGCUGUGGAGCAGAUGGGAGUGUCCGAAUGUUCGACCUACGAAGUUUGGAGCAUAGCACCAUCAUUUACGAGCCCACUGCCAAGGAUGACAAAGAUGCCAGUCCUGGUGGAGGAAGAAUAAGUCCUACGUUGGCGCAGCAGACGAUGUCAUACGCUCCACCCUUACUGAGGCUUGCUGCAUCACCUCACGAUACUCACCUAUUAGCCACCUUCUCUCAAGAUUCCAAUCUUAUUCGGAUUCUUGAUGUCCGGCAACCAGGGCAAGCCUUGCUCGAGCUUCGAGGGCAUGCGGCGUCAAUCAAUUGCAUAGAGUGGUCACCCUCGCGAAGAGGCACCCUUGCCUCUGGCGCUGAUGAUUCCCUAGUUCUGAUUUGGGACUUACUGAGCCAAAGCACUGCACUUACUCCACAAGGUUCAGCAGUCAAUGGUGCAUCGGCAUCAGACAACGCCCGUGGACCAGCAGCCAGCUGGCAAUGUGAUUACGAAGUUGGUAACAUCAGCUGGGCACCCCAUAGUGCUUUGAACAACGACGGUGGGGAUUGGGUUGGAGUUAGUGGUGGUCGGGGAAUCUGGGGCGUUAAACUGUGA